UGUGCGUGUUACCACCAUGGAUGCUGAGCUGGAGUUUGCCAUCCAGCCCAACACUACAGGGAAGCAACUCUUUGAUCAGGUUGUGAAGACAAUUGGCUUAAGAGAGGUUUGGUUCUUUGGACUUCAGUAUCAGGACACCAAGGGCUUCUCAACAUGGCUGAAACUGAACAAAAAGGUUACGGCACAGGAUGUACGCAAGGAGAGUCCCCUGCUCUUCAAAUUCCGAGCCAAGUUCUAUCCAGAGGACGUGGCAGAGGAACUGAUCCAGGACAUCACACAGCGCCUCUUCUUCCUCCAAGUGAAGGAGGCAAUCCUGAAUGAUGACAUUUAUUGCCCUCCAGAAACAGCUGUCCUCCUGGCUUCUUAUGCUGUCCAGUCAAAAUAUGGUGACUUUAAUAAGGAGGUGCACAAGCCUGGCUACCUUGCUAGUGACAAACUGCUCCCGCAGAGGGUUCUAGAGCAGCACAAACUCAACAAGGACCAGUGGGAGGAGAGGAUCCAGGUGUGGCACGAGGAACACCGAGGAAUGAUUAGGGAAGAUGCUGUCCUGGAGUACCUGAAAAUUGCACAGGAUCUGGAAAUGUACGGUGUGAACUACUUUAGCAUUAAGAACAAGAAGGGCUCUGAACUGUGGCUAGGUGUAGAUGCUCUUGGACUCAACAUUUAUGAGCAGAAUGACAGGCUAACACCGAAAAUUGGAUUCCCUUGGAGUGAGAUCAGAAAUAUCUCAUUUAAUGACAAGAAGUUUGUUAUCAAGCCUAUUGACAAGAAAGCACCAGACUUUGUAUUCUACGCCCCUCGGUUACGGAUUAACAAGCGAAUCCUGGCGCUUUGCAUGGGGAACCACGAGCUCUACAUGCGCAGGCGCAAACCAGAUACCAUUGAGGUGCAGCAGAUGAAGGCACAGGCUCGUGAGGAGAAGCAUCAGAAACAGAUGGAGAGAGCCCUGCUGGAGAAUGAGAAGAAGAAGAGGGAGUUGGCAGAAAAGGAGAAGGAGAAGAUUGAACGUGAGAAGGAGGAGUUAAUGGAGAGACUCAAGCAAAUUGAGGAGCAAACCAAGAAAGCUCAGCAAGAACUGGAAGAACAGACACGCAGGGCCAUGGAGCUGGAGCAGGAGAGGAAACGAGCUCAGGAGGAAGCAGAGAAACUGGCUAAAGCAGAGGAGGCAAAGGAGGCCCUCCUGAAAGCAUCCCAUGAUCAGCAAAAGACUCAGGAACAACUGGCCGCUGAGAUGGCAGAACUCACAGCUAGGAUCACACAGCUGGAGCUGGCCAGGCAGAAGAAGGAGAGUGAGGCCCAGGAGUGGCAACAAAAGGCACAGAUGGUGCAGGAGGACCUUGAAAAGACCAAAGAGGAGUUGAAGACUGCCAUGAGCACCCCUCACGUCGCUGAGCCCAUGCACUCUGAGAACGAGCAUGAUGAUGAGCAGGAUGAAAAUGCUGCAGAGGCCAGUGCAGAGCUACGGUCGGAGGCCACCAUCAAGGACCGCAGCGAGGAGGAGCGCACCACUGAGGCGGAGAAGAACGAACGGGUCCAGAAACACUUGAAGGCUCUUUCCUCAGAGCUGGCAAACGCUCGGGAUGAAACCAAGAAGACAGCCAAUGACAUGAUCCAUGCUGAGAACAUGCGACUGGGCCGAGACAAGUACAAGACCCUCCGCCAGAUUCGACAGGGCAACACCAAGCAGCGCAUCGAUGAGUUUGAGUCCAUGUAAACUCUCCCCUGCACUGGCCGCCCUGCACUCUUCUCCCCCUUCUCCCUUCUUCUCCCAUCACUCACUCGUAAUCGUGCUGCGCUGGAACCACUACAGAAGAGUGACCAUGGUCUUAUUUAUAGAGUUUUGGGCAAGUGCUGCAGUUCAGCAACAGAGGAAAGCCAACAUCUGCAUCUUCCUGGGGGUGGCUGGGGAACACAAGCUUAUAUUGGGGAAAAAUUGAAAUCGCUUGGCUUUGGGUGAAGUCUCAUUGCAUUUAGUUUUGCAUCGCUUGUCGAAGCAGCUGUGUUGCUGCUCUCUGCCACUGGGUAAAGAGGCCAGCAGAUACUUUGACUGAUUUACUUUGAGUAAACUGCUACAGUUUGACACCGUGCCUUUCUACUAACUUGCGCAAACUUCAAUAUUAAGCUUAAUGGCCACAGU